AUGUCUAUAGAAAAGGAGAACGAGAAGAGAGGAUCCGACGCUAGCAUCAACUCCGCUGCAGAUAGUAUCGAUCUUUUCUCCUACCACGAACACAAUGCGGGUCGUUUGAUUGUCGAUCCCGAGGAGGCCAAGAUUGAACUUGGGGACGUAGUCGCAGCGAAGCUCAAGCUGAGCGCCGAUGGUACAAAAGUUCUAUGGCCUCAGCCAACAGACGAUCCUGAGGACCCCCAGAAUGUUUGUCACCGUAUGCGGGCCUUGUCACCCACAACUAACAGAAGUUUCAAGUGGUCGGAUCGACGCAAGGCAUUGCAAUUGAUGAUCAUCACGCUUGCUGCCAUUGUUCCAGACUUUGAUUCGGGUAUAGGUAUUGCGGCCAUAUUUGCUUUGGCGGAACAAUAUAACACGACGACGGGCGUAAUCAACAACCUGACGUCGAAGUUGGGGCGGUAUAUUCGCCGUGAUGUUGAUGAGGCGACUUGGACGACUUCCCAUCUUAUUCUGGUCUCAGUUGGCUUCUUGGUCGGUGCAACAUUUGCUCCUACUCUUAAAACCUUCACUGCCUUCCGAUGUCUCAGUGGGUUUUUCGCCACCGCACCCCAAGUUACAGGCCUCUUCAUAGUCAGUGACAUGUACCCAUUCCACAAGCAAGCUCGGAUGUUGAAUGUAUGGACCAUGGGGUUCAUCAUUUCUCCGUUCUUGUCACCGUUUGCCUUCGGAUUCCUCGUUGCGCGAGCAAGUUGGCGCUGGGCUUAUGGUAUUGGGUGCAUCUAUGGCGCGAUCGUCGUUGCUUUGAUAGUCUUCUUUGGGGAAGAAACAAUAUACGACAGGACUGUAAAGCCUCUCCCCCCGCGGCCUGUUAAGAAUCUCAGGUGGAGAGUAGAGACCUUGAUUGGUAUUACGGGAGUGAGAAACCAAGGCUAUCGUUCUCCAUGGAUGGAAGGAAUUUUGGCUCCACUCAAGGUUGUGUGGCGCCCCCAUCUCCUAGCCAUUCUCCUUUAUGAGACAAUGAUGACCAACGUUUCAACGUUUCGGAAGGCAAUGGUCUUCGGGUUUGCUAUUGGUAUAAACGUUACAAACGCUGUUUUCUUGGGCAGCCCACCGCCUGUCGGCUUCGGAUUUAGCCCAUUUGGCAUUGCUGGAGCUUACGGCACACCUAUCGUUGCCGUGUUACUUGGAGAAUUAGUCGGCCACUACGUUAACGAUUGGAUCAUGAACUUCAGCAUUCGCCGCAACAAUGGUGUUUUCGAGGCUGAGAGCCGUUUAUGGGCGUGUUACAUCGGGCUCCCUCUGUAUAUUUGUGGAUUCGUUACAUUGGGGGCUGCGUUUCAGAUGCACUUGAGCGUUGGCGCUGUCGUCAUGGGAUGGGGAAUUGCACAAUUUGCUAUCAUGAUAACGACUGUCGCAGUUUAUGCUUACGCCAACGACUGUUUCCCGAAGCACCGAGGUGAAAUCAGUGGACUGAUCAACCUAGCGAGAACCCUUGGUGGUUUCAGUGUUGCUUACUUCCAGGUACCAUGGGCGGAAAAGCACGGUGCAUUACAGACUUUUGGAGUCGAGGCAGCUAUUGUUACAGGGCUAUUCUUCCUCAUUGUGCCUACCAUACAAAUUAAGGGCCGAGCCUUACGGUCCCUCAAAGUUGAAGUUGCCAACCAGCCGCAAGUUACGAUGGAUAGAAAGCUAACAUACAAGCUACCUCCCACCACAAUCACUGAUAAGCUCGUCUCCCAAAACACUCGUCGCAUCAAGGCUCUAGAGGAGCAGAAACGCCGACGCGCAGAGAAGUUUGACUCCACCAGACAGUUGGAUUUAUUCGCAGAUCUGAGCCUUGGCGUAUCUGACGAUGAGGCCGAUUUGAACUCAAAUGAGCCAGAAGGACCCGCUAUCCUACGAGAGGGACUAGCCUCCUACACAUCCAUGCUGCCAGCAUCUUCAGAGAACGAUCAAGUUGAAGCCAGUGCCCGUGCAGACAAGAAGCGUAAAGGCAAGAAUAAGCGUAGUAAGGGUGCCAGCAAAGGUCAAUUACGGAGGCAGAGCAAAUGGGCGAAUCAAUGCAUGUACGCUGAACUGCUCGAGAUGCUGGACGACGAUGUCUGGUCUGUCUCGCCUGACGCUGCUGCACACGAUGGAUUGCCAGAGGACUUGGAGAAAGGGUGGGUUUGCGUUGCCCCCGUCCCUGUCGGCAAACGAUGUUUAGCAGUAGUGACGGCCGCGCCCAAUGGCAUAUCGCCGAACACGACUUUGCGGUCUCGGCUACUUGGUAAACCGCUCAUGCCCCGUUUUCCUUCAUCACUCCCACCUGAGACGGUAUUGGACUGUAUAUUGGACGCCAACUGGAGAGAUAACGGAAUCCUGCACGUUCUUGAUGUCAUCAAGUGGAAGGGGCAAGAUAUUGGUGAUUGCGAGGCUCCUUUCAGAUUUUGGUGGCGAGACACUCGCUUGGCAGAACUUCUACCAAGUCCUGCACCAUCAAUGCUGACUGCCACCUCGAAAUCCGCUGAUGUUCCAACAAGUCCGCUCAACUCUCAAUCCCGCUACCAAUUCCCCUAUCCCAAUACACUCGUACCCGUACCUUACCACACGGACACCACUCUUUUGAACCUACGCUCUCAGAUUAUUCCUCUCGCACGUUCCACCAGGGCGGUACCCGUCAACCUCCCUCUUUCGGCGGCAGACGGCGACGGUGAAAUGGUUAUAGACGGCAUGGAUGACGCACAGCGCCCUGUUCAUCCGGCGAACUUAGUAGUAACAGUCUCUUCCGAUGGCCUACUCCUCUACGUUGCAGAAGCCACUUACGAACCUGGAACCAGUCCGCUGAGCAGUUGGAUACCGGUUGCGUAUUCUGACGAUGACUCUAUGGACGGACCAACUAUACGACGUCCCCUUGAUCGUUUCGAGAGGCUUAUCAUGAGGCGCCUAGAGAUUGCAUCUGGCGCGCAGCUAGACAUCGACAUGUAG